CGAGAUAAAUUGAUCAUUUCACAGUUGAAAUUUGCAGUUCAACAGUUGUGAUUCAUUUGUUUAAUUAAAUGGUCAAUUGGUGGUUUUCAGGUCUUUUUAAGGGAAUCCGCUUUAACUUAUUCUCCUCAAUAAAUUGAUUGUUGAUACACAUUCCAAUUUAGAUAGUCGUAGUUUAGUCAAAUGCAAGAUAAAAUUAUAAUUAAUUCGAUAUAUCGAGAUGUAUAUCGGUAUAUCGAUGCGCAUUUCGAUAAUCUAAUUAGGAUGUUGAGUCAUUUCAUUCAUUUACAGUUUAAUUUUAGUUAAAUCCUUGAUUAUAAUUUGAGUGAACAGUUAAUUGUCCAUCUCAUUUAAUUAAUCUAUUGUUACUCAUCAAAACAUGGAUCCGAAAUAAGUUAAUUAUUGAACUUAAUGUUACUCCUGAAAAUUUCAAGCUUACUUUGGUUAGUUGCUUUCACGAGCAGUAGAUGGUAAUAAGGGCAAUAAAAGGUAAUGGGAAUUAUCUUUUUACAACUAGUGUUUCAACUCAAUUUAAUCAUUAACUCUUACAAGUAAACAAGUGAAUUAGUGACUUUUUACCGAUGACUUGGACUUAAUUAACUCUUUUGUUAAGUCAAUUUUAAGAGGAAUGUUCACUCUUUCUAUUUUAACACCUUUCCAUUUUCAAGCAAUGCAUUCUUAGCUACUGUCAAUUAGACUUAAGGCGACUUUUCGAUAAUCUUUAUUUUGUUUAUUUUAAAUCCUCGACAAUCUGUUUCUAGUUUUCACCUUUUAUCUCCACUCAAAUCUGUGAUUCAGUUUCAAUGUCUACCCUUUGUGCUCUCCUAUUUCACCUCAACUCGUUUUGCUUUCUUAUGUUGAAUCACUAUUCAACCAAUCUGAUAACUCGUUGAACUUUCCUAACUGUGAUUUGAAUGGAAGAACGCUGUGAAAGCUUCUAUAAGGCUUUUUCAUAAUUGACAUCGGUAAUCCAUUAGCUAUUGAUUUGAAAUUAUGGAAGUGCAACCAAAGUCUCAGAACCUGAAUCAUCCCAUCUUUACUUAUUAAUUUUCCAUUCAAUAUAUGGACGAAUCUGAAGGCAAAACAGUCUAACGGUUAAUUAUGAUGGAUUCAAUUAGUAAUUAUGAACUCUAAAUCACAACUUAAGACAAUGUGAAGGAAUAUUCAAACAAAAAUUACAGGAUGGAUAAUUUUAUCAAAACAUAUGUGAAAAUCGCUGCUUAAAAAAUUGGAAUCUAAUGGUUAAACCAACUGAUGCUGUACCAAAGCCACCACAGUGUGAAAUAAAGUUCAAUUUAUUCCUGUUCCCCAGCCAACUUUGGCUAACUUUAUUCAACAUUUACCAAUGUAGCCGUUAGCAUAUUAACUUGGAUCAAGUUUGACUGACGAACUGGGGUCCAUUGAAAUUACUUUGCUCAAACAAUAUAACCUGAAAUCCCAAAUGGCUACAGUUAAAAUUAAAACCAACCAGUUCACAUUUCAACAUGUUUCCACACUUGAAGAAUGACUUGAAUUCAUAUCAACAAGCUUGAGCUCUAACCAAGCAAUUCCCAUAGAGUUGACCAUCGAUUCCACCAGAAGCUACCCUUUUCAAUCAAAAUAUCUGUUAAUGGCAAGAAAAUAAACCAGCCAUUGUAUAAAGUCAUUGACUAAAUUGUUGUAAUAGAUUCUAUACUAUCUAUUUGUAUGUAAACUACAAGUAACAUUAGCAUGUUGAUCAACCAACGGAGACCACUACACAAGCAACAAAAAAAGAUGAAUAUUUGCCAUUUAAAUUCAACGGAUACAUCUCAUUCCCUAAUGCAAAUCAAGAAUGGAAAGGAAAAAUACCCAAAAAAGGAAGGAACCAAAGUGACCCUAAAAAGUACCAUUCGCUUGAUUUAUUGUUAACAUUUGGAUUUAUUCAUAUUUCAAUAUUCAUCUUCACCAACCAAGCCAAACAGAUUAUUUAAACAUAAAAAAAUAACUCAUCAACAAAAUAUGCAUAAAGUAUUGGAUUAAACUAGUCAAACCAGAGGAUUUCUGAAAGACAAGUAACAAGAUAUAAAAGAAGAAAAGAAUGUUGGAAAUAACUUGAAAACAAUUUUACAUGAUCCAGGUGAAGAGAAAAGGAAAACAAGAAGAUAAAAAAAUGUACAGAAUUUAAAGGUAAUCAGGAGCAAAGAAAGAUGAAUCGAUGAUGAAAAUGGUGAUGAUAAAACUCCCAACUGAUCGCGCCAACUCAUUGAAUGAUACACUCAUUGGCAACAAUUGGUUAAAAGAAGAGAGGAAAAGACAAAUUCUUAUAGAAAAUUUUGACUCUAAAAAGGUAACUUCUCAACUGGUUAACUUUUGGUACAACUCUUGCAGUGAAAGUAGAAAGGUGUAAAAAAAGUAGAGUCAGUUUAUCAACACAAAUCAAACUGAUCAUCAAAGCCAUCAUCUUGUUACAUCUGCAAAAGCAUUUGAAAAACAUCUGAAAGUGAACAAUAAAACUCUGAAGCAAUUCUUGUCAAAACAAUUGAUUCCCAGCAUCAAGCAAAACCUGAUAAAAGAAAGCUACUUUUCAAAAGGAUCUCAUUUUUCAUCAAACAAAUUGAUUCCUGUUAUUUAAAUCUUUCAAAGUUGCUAUCCAUAUAAAAGCUUUCAUCAAGUGUAAAACUCACCCUCAUCAUUUUAACCAUCAUUUCAACCAUCACUUUCACCACCAUCAUUACCAUAAUUGUUGAAGAUUUGCAGAAGAGAAGAAAAAAAAUCGAGUUAAAUCCACAAAUAAUUGGAACCAAAUCUAAAGGUUAAUUGUUUUUUCAGUUUUUUGUUGGCACCUUUGGGUUGAAUCUAAACCAUGAAUGUGAACAUAGUCUGAACUAUUUAAAAACUAGGUGAAACAUGUCUAAACCCGGUCUUGGGUUACCUGGACGUCGUCGUCAUUCAAGGAUUUCAUUUUUACCAAGAGUAAGUUCAGAAGUGGUUGAUUAUGGUGGCCAUUCUGCUUCAUCUGGUCAUCCAGCAUCGGCUUCAUCAUCAAAUUCAUCGUCUUCAUCAAAUAUACGAUCAGUAGGAUCAUCUUCUCACGGUGAUAAGGAUAAAUAUCGUCUAGUUGUCAUGGGUGCAUCCAAAGUGGGGAAAACUGCAAUCAUCAAGCGUUUUCUUUACGAUGCUUUUCCUGCUGAUCACAAUCCAACUGUUGAAGAGCUUCACAAAAGUGAAUAUGAAAUAAAAGGAAUUGGUACCGUAGCUGUGGAAAUUUUAGACACCAGUGGCACCUUUUCGUUUCCAGCGAUGCGUCGUCUUGCAAUCAAUAGUGGUAGUGCUUUCAUCUUAGUUUAUGCAAUUAAUGACAAGGAAUCAUUUGAUGAGGUUACAUCACUUAGGGAGAUGAUUGCUAAAACUAAAGGGUCCUCAAAUGGCAACUCUAAUGAAUCAACAGCUUCCAACAAUUGUCCCGAUUCAAAUGGUCACAAUGAUAACAAUAGCAAUAUCAACAAUAAUUCAAACAAUAACGCAGACGAUAGUAAUAAUAGAAACAAUGCUUUUAGUCAAUCAACAGCCGAUCAAUCAUCUGGUGAAACAUUAAUUGAACCUGCCCAGGUUCCUAUUGUAAUUGCUGGUAACAAAAUUGAUCUUUCCGAGUCUCGAAUUAUAUCUAAGGAAAUGGUCGAAUUUGAAUGCAUUGAUUGGGAAGUAGGUUUUGUAGAAUGUUCAGCAAAGAAUAAUGACAACAUAACAUCGAUAUUUCAACAAUUACUUUUACAAGCUCAUCUUAAGGGUUCUCUUAAGAUUAUUGCUGGUCCAUCAACACAUUACCAUCAACAUUCCCAUCAUCACAAUCCCUGGUCAUUAUUAACUUCCAGUAAUCAUCAUUCAUCGUCCAAUAAUGGUUGUCAUGCUAAUCAUAACAAUAGCCCAAAUGGCAGCCAUUCUACCUUUUCAGCAUUCUCAACUGACCCUCAUCUAAAUGACGUUAAAAAAUCAGAAUCAAAUUCUCGUAGACGGUCAAGUUUACCAGUUACCGAUCUGUUCAAUUAUUCAAUGUCAUUGGGUGGACUCAAGAAUCAUCGGUCAUCACCGAGAAAGAAAAGGAAAAGUUGUACUCCUUCUUAAUUGUCGGCAAUCUAAACUGGAGUCUAUCCAAAAGAGCAAUCAAAUGAUACAAUAGCAUUUAUAAUAGUUUAAGUGACAUUAUUUAGAAC